UUAGCGUCGCGUACGCGAACUUCCCCGCGCCGUUCCCUCGAGUAGCUACAGCGCUAGCUGAGCUGCAUGCCAGCGCAGCAGCUCAGGCAAGGCCAUCGUCAGCAUGCAGCAGCUAUAUAGCUAGCAGCGCGCGCCAGGUCAGGCUGUUGUUGAUAGUCCCAUCUCGCUCCGUUCAAUUUUAUGAACUCCAAGAUGAUUCGAAUUUUAAGCUUGAUUCUAGCAGUUUCUACACUGGUAGCAGCUGAGGAGGCUUGCCACAGUUUUGCAGGAGGCCAUGUUUAUCCUGGAGAGACCCCUCGCUCUACUGCUCAUGCAGUACAUUGGAGUAAAGUUCAGAUAUCCAAACCAGCUCCUGUCUUCGAAGGCACAGCUGUUGUAGAGGGAGAAUUCAAAGCUAUGAAGCUUUCAGACUUUGCUGGAAAAUACCUUGUCCUGGUCUUUUAUCCUCUUGACUUUACGUUUGUCUGCCCAACUGAAAUCAUUGCCUUCAGUGACAGAGUUGAUGAAUUCAGAGCCAUCAACACCGAGGUGGUUGCUAUCUCUGUUGACUCUCAGUUCACUCAUCUUGCCUGGAUAAACACACCAAGAACACAAGGAGGUCUUGGUCCUAUCAAACUGCCAAUCCUUUCAGAUCUUACCCAUCAAAUUGCUAAAGACUAUGGAGUUCUCCUGGAAGAUUUAGGGCAUACUCUAAGAGGAUUGUUUAUCAUUGAUGAUAAGGGUGUAUUACGCCAAAUCACUAUGAACGAUCUCCCUGUUGGCCGAUCGGUAGAUGAGACGUUAAGAUUAGUUCAAGCAUUCCAGUAUACGGAUAAACACGGAGAGGUGUGCCCAGCUGGAUGGAAACCAGGCAGUGAUACAAUUAUACCCAACCCGGCUGAUAAACUCAAGUACUUUGCUAAGCAACCUAACGGAGGCAAUGCAUAGUCCACAUUCAUCUCAUCAAUCUUUCAAUAAUCCAACAUCGUUAAUGAUUUUUUUUCUUUCCCCUGUUUAUUUCUCUUCAGUAAUAAUAUAUAACGGGUUUGCAUACUUCUAGAGCUGGGGCUGUUUCACAAAGAUCCUAAGUUGAACUUAUCUCUAAGUUGGACUCAAAAAUUAUGGAUAGCUGUUAGCAUCUUUGAAAAUAUUU